AUGAAGUCAUCAGGGCCCAAUGUGAAGCCUAAUGAAGAAACCCUAAUUCCCAUUUCUUCAACUAAGAAAGCAACGAUUACUUCAAGUGUGGUGGAUAGUACAUUGUCUUCAACAUCAAGUAUUGCAAAGAUAUUGCCCACUGGAAUUUUGUUUGUGUUUCAGGCUCUUUCUAAUCUUCUGUUGAUCAAUAGUCAAGAAUGCAAAACAUCAGAUAAGUACUUAGUAGGGGUGAUUGUGGGUAUUCUUGGAAUAGCAUGCUUCUUCUUUUCACUGGUAGACACCUUCACAGAUGCCUCCACAGGCAAGGUGCAUUAUGGGAUUGCUACCAUUAAUGGGUUGGCCACUGGUAAUGGAAUAAAGCCUUCCAAUCUCUCUGAGUAUAAGAUUAAACCAAAGGAUUUCGUUUAUGCAGCUAUGGCAGUUUUGGUAUUUUGUGUGAUAGCCCUCACAGACCAAAAUGUGGUGCAUUGUUUAUAUCCAUCGGAGGAAGAAAAUAUACAGAAGGUGUAUCAGGCACUUCUUGUUGCGCUGGGUGCACUUAGUGGUGUCAUUGCUGUUAAGCUUCCAUCCAAAAGGCAAGGAAUUACUAGUCCAGUUACUACAAGAUGA